UCCAUAGCAUCGCCUCCGGUCAUGCGACAACAAAACUAUCGAUUACAGAAACAAAAUGAAGAUCUGCCUAUGGAUUUAGGAAGUCUUCAAGAUAUUUUUACUUUUAAAUUUAUUGAAGGACGACCUAUCACGAAUAUCAUCUUGGCUAUUUUAUGGAGUAUAGGUCUACCGAUUUUACUCUAUCAUCUUUUAAAGCCAAGACUAGGUCAAGUCGUAGCGAUGAUUAUAGCUUCCUGUCCACCAUUAGUGAUAGUUGUUACUCGCAUGAUAAAGAACAGGACUUUGGAUCUACUAGGCUUCAUAGCAGGAGUUAGCUUUUUCAUUACUGGGAUAAUUUCCAUUGCACAACCAUCGCCACAAGUCUCUUCCAUUUGUGAAUCUAUCACACCACUGCUUGUGGGCGUAUUCUGCAUCCUAUCCUUAUUCCCCAUUAAAAUCGGUUCUUUUGAAUUGCGACCUGCUAUCUUUCAAAUUACGAAUCAACUCAUGCCGCGAACAGAGAAAGGCGAAGAGUUACAAGAACACGAUCAGCAAAGACUUCAAGGACAACAACAUAGAGAAGAAGUGGAUAAAGGGAAAGCAUUGGAUUGGAUAUAUGUUCAUUUGGCUCGAUUUCGAUCGGACGUUAGGAUGUUGACAGCCUGCUGGGGUAUCAUGUUGAUUGUAGGUUUUAUUAUCAAAGCCAUCAUUGCCUCCACCAACACAGAUGUUAGCAAAGCGCAGGAUUUCGGUUAUGCCUUUUUUUCGCUAGCAACAGCUGCUAUGGUUGUCGUCUCGUGGUUCUUUACCAAAAUGAUGAAAAGACAUGUC